GAAGGAAGUUUAAUUCAGAACGAAUGCAAAUGGCGGACUGUAUGACAUAGCUUGUGUUCACAGGAUUUAUCUGAACGUUAGGAGCAAUGGCAAGUAAGUUAUCUAUCCGCCGCGCCCAGGUGCAUGUGCCUAAUACUUGUGCGUUUUGUGAAAGCAUACAGGACGUAAACUGGUACUGUAAUGACUGUUGCGAAGCCUUGUGUGACAAAUGUAAGGAGGGUCAUCAACGCGGGAAGAAAACACGGAAUGACGACAUCAUACCAAUAAAGAAGGGUAACAAACGCAGAGAAGCCGUACUCCCAGAGGUAUGUAAGACACAUCGAGGUAAGACGUGUGACUUGUACUGUAGUGACUGUGGCAUCGCGAUGUGUGCGAUGUGUUUUACCGAGACACAUAAACAACACACUUUCAAAAAUAUAGAGGAAGAAAUUGUCUCACAAAGAGAGUACAUUCAAGAUCAACUUCAAAUAUUAAAGUCCAAUUUCGACCAAUUGGAUGGUUAUCAAGCAAAGCGUCAUGAUGUGAGCAAAUCUUUCAAAGAGAGCGUGGAUGUCGUCCGACAAACUGUACAAACCCAAAGACUGAUACUGAAAACAGAGAUAGAUUCCAUAGCUGACUCGGUUUUGGAUGAGUUAUCGUCCUUGAUUGACGACGAAGAGCAAUCUUUCAAACAGGACUGUCAAUCUAAUGAAAAAGACAUCACAGAGAUAAAGCAGCUGAUCAGAGAUGCAGGGCAAAAUACAGAAAAGAUGUCUGGUGCAUCCUUGUUUGAGCUGACAGGGAGACUGAAGACCGCAAUACCGCUGUAUGAUGCCAGUACAAAGACAUUGAUCCCUCGCCCACCUCACUUCGUAUCUGGAAAACCUAACGCAGAUCAGUUGAAGUCAAUGAUUGGAUAUAUCAAGGAAGACAUCAGGUAUGAGAGGAAAGAGGUUGACAGUAAACAGGUUAGUCAGAUAUCCACAUUCCGGCUACGUCAGCAGUCACAAAUCACCUCAAUAUGUCCUAUUAACGACACUCACACUUGGAUGUCAGUACAUGGGUGUACAGAAUUGAUCAAAGUUAACAAGAAAGGCAAGGUCACAGAGUCUGUCAACCUUGACUUUGCACCUUGGUGUCUGACAUUGACCAACGCAGAAGAAUUACUGAUCACGUGUGGUUCACCGCUGAUACACAAACUAACCAAGGACAGACAAGUGACCGGAUUUGCUGACAUCAGUCCGUUAAAAGCCUGGGGUAUCAGUGUCAGUGGCAGUGACGAGGUCUUCGUUACUACUUACACUCCAGAAAUACUGGUACUAAACAUGUCCGGGGAGAGGAUCAGAACAAUCUUGUGUGAAGAUGAUGGGAUGAAUAUCGCUUGUUUGACAACAGGAAACAUAGUUGUCACAACUGGCUAUAAUUUGUUUACUUCAACAGAAAUUAUUGUCAUAGACAAAUCUGACCAGAUCACACGUAGGUGGAACGGGGAAGUAGACCAUGGUCAGAAGUUAGGAAAUACGUCGCAGAGUGAUAUAGCACGCGAUGGAUACGACAGAGUGUUUGUACCAGACGACAUAACCGGCCAAGUAUACGUCAUCUCGGAUAAACAAGGCAAGGCCAAGUGUCUCCUCGACGAGAAGCAUGGAGCAAAAGGUUCUUGUACUGUGUGUGUUGACAGGUGUGGACAUGUUUGGAUCGGCUGUCUUAAUGGUACAGUGCAUGUGAUGGAGCUUUAAACAAUUAAGACGGAUGGUACAAAUUUAGCAUUACAUUGCAGUGGAAACACAUUUUUUUUUUUGUAUCUCCUACCAGCUGACCCGGUAAUACUUUUCGAAUGUUUUCAUACAACUACAUUGAAAACAUGUCACCUGUAUAGACUAUGGAUACCUACCUGAGAUAAUCACAACUGUAGGGUAUGUCAUCAAUACUAGAUAGUUUAGCUUUACAUCUGGUUUGUAUUUCAAAAUAAUAUCAUGAAAAAAUACAUUUUGGAUCAAUUAUAUCUAGUAAACUUGCUUUCAUUAAAUACUUACUUUCAUAAUAAUGAUGAAUAUCAUAUUUUAAAUAAGUUUAUAUCAGACAAACUAAAAUAUCGACAAUAAUUCUGGUUUGGAAAUAGGCUGACUUUGAAAAUUAAAACCUUGCUUGGAUACCUUGCAGUUAAACAAAUUUCGAUAAUAAGCCAUCUUUAGGAUCAGGCCGGCCUUGAAUAUAAACGAUAAUCAUUAGGUAGAAACCACAUGUUCCCCCUUUUGACCUAAACUGGUUUUAAUGGUUCAUUAAAAUGAUUAAAUAUUACAACCAUUUGAUGAAGGAGGAGAAAAUAUAAUUUUGUUUCAGAAGCUUGAAUAGCCCAUUUCUCCAUGUCAAAAAGUAGAAAUGGAAAUACACCUGUAAUGGCGUACUGUCUACACUAUUUCGAAACUAAAGCUGACAUGAUUAAAGGUCGGCUUCGAAAAUAAACCUGGGAUUCCUUACUGCAAAUGAAAACCAACUGUGGCUUAUUGUCAAGAUUUUAGAUUUUAGUCGUUCAUUGCAGUAAGAUUAAUCCCGUAACGUAAUUUACAUUACCUGCUUCACGUCAAAAUGAUU